AUAUAUAUGCAUACACAAAGUGCCGAUAUGAGCAACUCUUAAUCCUCUUUUGAAUUUUUUGUUGAAAAAGACGAAGUGGCAAUGAAGCUAGAAUUCGUAAGCAAAGAAAUAAUCAAACCCGCUUCACCUAAUCAUCCCCAAACCCUUUCUCUUUCUUUCUUCGACCAGUUUCUUCCUUCAACUUACGUUUCCGCCAUUUUCUUCUACGAUGAACAAGCAAACCAAGAAGACAUAAUCGUCCAGAGGCUCAAGAGCUCACUCUCUCAGACUCUGUCUCUUUUUUAUCCACUCGCUGGACAAAUCAAAGAUGGUGUCACUGUUCAUUGCAACGACCAAGGAGCUUUGUUUACAGAGGCACGGGCUGAUAUAUUUCUCUCUGAUUUCCUGAGAAAUCCAUCAGAUGCUGAUUUGGUUCACGAGUUCAUUGUCUCUCCGGACCAUGCAGAUCCAGAAACCUGGCCGUUGUUGCAUGUCAAGGUCAUUUUCUUUAAAGACAGAGGAUUUGCGGUUGCAGUUAGCGUGUCUCACAAGAUAUGCGAUGCGGCCUCGUUGUCAACGUUUGUUUGCAGCUGGACAAACGCUUCAAAAGGGUACGCUGACACAGUGAAUCCUGAAUUUCCGGGGCCCGAUUUCUACCCUCCUGCUGAUAUUUCUAUCGAGUUUCCUCCAUUACUGGUACGCAAAACAAAAUCUAAGACAAAAAGGUUUGUCUUUGGUUCUUUGAUGAUUGAAAAGCUAAAAAACAGAGCUUCUAGUGGCAAUCUUGAGCCACAAGUCACCCGUAUUGAGUCCAUCACGGCGCUGCUGUUAAGAUGCAUGACAAAGGCAGGGCAUUCAAAGGCGGGUAAGGUAACAAAAUUUGCAAUAACACAGACCAUGAACUUGCGAACUAGAGUUUCUUCCUCUUUCUUGCCGCACAAGGCAAUUGGAAACUUCUUCUUUUUACCAUUACUUAAGGAAAGCUCAGAGAGUAAGAUGGAAAUCGAAGAAACUGUUUCUAAGCUGCAGAAAACUAAAGAGGAGCUCAAUCAGCUUAUCAGAAACGAUCCUGACGACGCAAAGAGUAGCGUUGAAGCCAAAGAGAGAAUCGCAAGCGCGAUGCUGAGUUCUUUGCACGAGGUAAGUCCUGAGACCGAGACAUAUGUUGUGUCUAGUUGGUGCAGGAUGUCGUUUUACGAGGCGGAUUUUGGAUGGGGAAAGCCGGUUUGGGUUGCCCCAGGUUCGGUUGGUAAGACCCAGGUCGUGUUAAUGGAUGCAAAGGACAGUGAAGGGAUUGAGGCAUGGGUUACACUACCUGAAACCGACAUGGUUGAGUUUGAGCAUGAUGAUGAGCUGCUCGCUUACGCUACUAUAAGUCCUAGUGUCCUCAUCUAGUAAUAACUAAUGUUUAUCAGACAAGUCUAAUCACUCCGGCUCAGAAAUGGACUUGUGCUAUAGAAUAAAAAUGGCCUUUAUGUUGUAAUUCUCACAAUCUCUCUAUCUUUCACACUUUCUUACUCGUUUGUGUUCACUUGUUCUAGAGAGAAAACAAGAACACAUUUUACUUUAAUUGUCUACAUUGAUAUUUCGGAUCACAAGGAUUCUCUUACACAACACACAUAACACAUACAUAUAGUGGUUUAUCUCCACUUGCUACUCUAGACACAUGAACCUUAAUCAUGACUCUUACACAAGCCAUACUCCUAAACACUAGGCUAACUAUUGACCUUACUUCUAGAUAGAAGUCAUACAAGCAACGUUUAACAACUCUCGUAGACUCUUACCACUCCUACUAACAACUAUUUAGACAAAACACUCUUCACUAGUUUGGGCCUUUUCACUUGUAGGCCCAUCACACCAAACAGAAAAACACCAAGCCCAACUUCCUUGUUGACUUGUCUUCUGUCGUUGACUCUCUUUGUCGACUUCUUCUUCUUCUCUUUGCUCUGCUAAAGCUUUCUCUUUGUUGCAGGUUUAAUCAAGGACUCAAUUCCCAACACUCCCUCUUGAGUCCUUAGAUUAAACCCCCAAUUUCAAUUUAGGGAUUUUAAUCCCAUUGCUCCUUGCUUCGUCUUCUUCUCGAUUUUGAGAAGUUCUUCAUCAUAUCCCUCCUGCUUCGAUUCUUCUUAAUCGAGCUUCUUUCUCUAUCCGUGGUGCAUAGCUUCUCCAACGGCAACUAGAGGUCACAACUCUCACCGAUCACCAGUCACCGUCACGGUGAAAGUCUCCGCCGCCGUCUUCAACCACCACUUUGGUAACACUUCGACUCUUUAGCUUUUCUUUGCCUUGAGCCUUCUCCAUGUCACCUCCAAGUCUUCUCCGUGAGCUCUUCUCACGUCUCUUGCUCGGCUGACAUUGCAACCGGCUGCUCCCUUUCUCUUUAGCUUAUGAACCACUCGGAUUCUCAGCCUCAACAAGCAUCUUCAAGCUUCACCAAUACAAUGUCGAAGAAGGAUUGAAUUCAUCACCUUUCACAACACCAUCUCCACACCGUUGUCUUCAUUGCUUCUUCCAGAAGAUCUCCACGUCUACUUGGAUGCACCUGAAGCCCUUCUUCUCUAAGGCUCUUCUCUUUUUUGUCUUGAGCACAGAUCCACUCAAGAUUUAAAUCUCUUGCCUUGAGCUCAGGUCCACUCAAGGUCUCACUCUCUUCUUCUUCUUCUUCCACGGCUUCUUUGCCGUCUCACUUACAGCAGCUUCUCGGGCUGCAUCAUCUCUUCAUCUUUGCCGUCUUCUUCUUACGGCCAGCUUUCUUCUUUGUUGAUGGCUGUCUCCAUCUUCCUCACAGCUUUUUCUUCUUCUUCCUUGGACAGGCUCCAAGAUCAAGUAAGCUCUGAUACCAUGUUGUAAUUCUCACAAUCUCUCUAUCUUUCACACUUUCUUACUCGUUUGUGUUCACUUGUUCUAGAGAGAAAACAAGAACACAUUUUACUUUAA